AUGUUUGCCAGUUACUCGGCCAGGGAGGGCUCUGAGGGCCACUCGGCCAGGGACGGCUCUGAGGGUCACUUGGCCAGGGAGGGCUCUGAGGGCCACUUGGCCAGGGAGGGCUCUGAGGGCCACUUGGCCAGGGAGGGCUCUGAGGGCCACUUGGCCAGGGAGGGCUCUGAGGGCCACUUGGCCAGGGAGGGCUCUGAGGGCCACUCGGCCAGGGAGGGCUCUGAGGGCCACUUGGCCAGGGAGGGCUCUGAGGGCCACUUGGCCAGGGAGGGCUCUGAGGGCCACUCGGCCAGGGAGGGCUCUGAGGGCCACUUGGCCAGGGAGGGCUCUGAGGGCCACUUGGCCAGGGAGGGCUCUGAGGGCCACUCGGCCAGGGAGGGCUCUGAGGGCCACUUGGCCAGGGAGGGCUCUGAGGGCCACUUGGCCAGGGAGGGCUCUGAGGGCCACUUGGCCAGGGAGGGCUCUGAGGGUCACUUGGCCAGGGAGGGCUCUGAGGGCCACUUGGCCAGGGAGGGCUCUGAGGGCCACUUGGCCAGGGAGGGCAGUGAGGGCCACUUGGCCGCCGGGGUUGGCACUGCGUGCUGCUUGUCCGCUCACUGGCCCAGGUGA